CCAGAGCCUCCCCUUCUCCAGUUACAAUGACCAUUCUUCCACUAUUGCUGCUCGCUACCGCGACGCUUUCCCAAGCUGCUCCCUCCUCCUUGAUCUCACGCAACAACAAUGGCGCAAAGAUUGAUCCCAUCAGAAUCAUUCAAGGAGGUUACAACUCGAGUUAUGCCGUCCUCGAGUUCAAUCCAUUCGUGACCCCUAAUACUCUCAAGGUGGCUGCGCGCUACAAUACAUCGGAAGGAAACCUCAAGCCAUGGCUGAGCCGUCACCCAAUCAAUUCAAACAUUGUUGUAGGCUGUAAUGAUCACGCGGUCCCGAACGCUCCCGGUUAUCUCACUUCUUAUUCUCUCGACCCCAAGACUGGCGAAAUGAAGUACAUUGACUCAGUCGACACUGGAGGUUACCCUGUACCGGACUACGGUGUUGGGGCGGCGCAUUGUGCCUUUUUCCCGGAUGGCAAGACGGCUGGAGUAGCGAAUUACUAUGGACAGAGCGCCUCGACGUUCUCGUUUGACCCUCAAAACGGGAAAUUCGGCUCGCAGACCAACAAGGGACUCCUUGACUUUCCGGGAUACACUCCCGUGGAGGGCCAGAUCGGCGUUGCUGGCAACGAUAAUACAUCUCAAGCGACAUCACACCCUCACAUGAUCGCUCCUCACCCUUUCUUGCCCGUGUUCUACUUGCCUGAUCUGGGUGAAGACAAAAUUCACGUGUACAAGGUCGGUGCCAACAAUAGCCUCUCAAACUUUACAAACUAUCAGCAACCGUACGGCUCUGGUCCUCGCCAUUUGGCUCUCACAUCAAAUGGACAAUACAUGUAUGUCCUGCACGAACUCGCGGUCAACGUCAGGCCAUACAAGGUGGAUCAGGGGACCGGAGAACUCAGCCAGAUUCAGGACGAUCAACCCAUCUACCCGAGUAAUGCUACUUUCUCCACGAAUAUCAGUGCGGCGGAGAUACACGUCAGUAACGACGGUCGAUUCUUGUACGCUUCAAACCGUAAUUUGACAGCUGCUGCCCUCAUUGAGUCCGGUGAUCCCUCGGAUACCCUAGCGGUGUGGUCGAUCGGAAACAACGGUGCCAUCACCCAAAUUCAAUCGGCAAUGGCACACGGCGCUCGACAGAUCCGAGCCAUGGAGCUGUCCCCAGCUGGGAUGACGGCCACUGCAGGGGGGCAGGAUUAUAUCGUCGCAGGAGGUCUAACUACUAAUAACACGUUUGUCUUUAAGCGGGAUAGGCAGAUCGGGACGUUAGAGCUGGUAGCGCAGGUCGAAGGCACGUACCAGCCGGCAACGUAUCUGUGGCUGGGCUAGACUCAUACGAGGGCCGCAGAGGAAUUAAAGACAAUUGAGAAAGCAGCCCGUUCUCGCUCGAUUCACUAUAUAAUGAAGAAGUAAAGUAACUGUCCUCAACGCGUCAAUGAUGUAAUUGCGUCAUGGAAAAUGAAAAUCACGCUGCGUUUGUCACCUUUGUCACAGGAACCGGACUGGUACAUAACCGACGAUCUCUACGUAUCUUUCGAAAUAGAAGUUGAGCCCAUUCAUGCAUACAAC